ACCCCACAAAUCAUGUUCAGACCUAACCAGGAAAUGAAUUCGACCGAAUUGAACUAUGAGACUUCACUCGAUACCAGUGUUGUUAUGAAUAUGGAACUAAAAUGAAUGUCUUAAAUUGUUUCAUUUUGUGUGUGUUUGUGUUUCUAUAUACUUUAUCGGUAUCUUCAUUGACCACUAGUAACUCGUGUGGUACUAAAACCUCCAUGAAAUUAGACUAUGGUAUUGAGUGUAACGUAAGCAGUGAUUGCUGGACAACAAACUAUUGUAACAGAUCAAGAUGCGCGUGUCCACCAGGCCUAUACUUCGACACGUGUGCUGGCUCAUGCGUGAAAAAGAACGGAUUCAUCAUCAACUCUAUGGAGAUUCCUUUUGAUACUUCUUACAACAUGACCAUUUCUGGAAAACCUAAUAGUUACAUCGUGCUAGUAAUCACUGAGGCCGAUUUCUUCCGUAAUUGCACUGAAAACUACGUCACGGUUAGUGAGACCACUAAUCUACUGUUGCUAAACAAAGUUUGUCAAAGUAAUAUUUUCACACCAUUAUAUGUGGCGUCUAGAACAAACUUGAUAACAAUAACCUACAAAUCUGCUAAUAGCGGUUUUCGAGGAUUUAAAGGGCUGUACUAUAUAUCAGAAAGCGAAAACAACUUGACAGAUACAUCUGGAUACAUUGUUAGUCCAGGAUACCCUCCAAUUAUGUAUACCGGUUCUUCCACCUUCCCUAGAACUACCUGGCUUAUUACUGCUAAGACUGGAUAUUAUAUAACUCUCAGUUUGCAGGUAGUGAAUCUAACCAACAAUGAUGCGUUGUAUGUCUAUGACGGGCCUAACACUACAUCAAGCUUAUUAGUGAAUCUAACUCAUGUGACAAAUGAGACAUACACCUCUACAUUUAAUACCUUGUUCCUACAGCUUAACAGCAGUAGCUAUAUCCCAGGAGGAUUUGCUGCAUCCUAUGCCACACAAGGACAGUCACAUGGACAUAUUUGCAACAGUACACACGUUUGCUCAGAUGACCUGGUCUGCAAUGAAGGACUCUGUGAAUGCAAUACUUCUUAUUACUUUGAUAAUACAACAAAAACAUGCAAAAAUAGGUUAUCCUUUGGAGGAAACUGUUCGUUCUCUGUCUCUGAUAUGUGUUUGUCUAAUUUGACUUGUACCACUGAUAGAUUUGGUACUGACAGGUGUUUGUGUCCAGACAAUAUGUACGAAUAUUUAGGAUCAUGUUACCCGGAUUUGGAAUUGAGAGUAAGCGUCUCAGGGAAGUUCUUCGCCAACGUCGUUUAUCUCAGCUGGACAACUUUGUCUAGGAAUCCGGACGUGACCUACAUUGUGUCGUGGAUGUCAUCCCAAAACGAGGCUGGCCAUGGAAAUCUAUCUACCAGUCUAAGUGAAGUGUAUAUCUCUCGUCUGUCUCCACAGCAGAACUACACAUUCACUGUUACAUCAGUAUUAACGUCUGACAGUUUCUACAACAGUAAAUAUAUGCAUACUACUUUCACGGCAUUGACUGAAUCAUUGUAUUUCUGUACCGAGAACAACCAAUGUGGAGCGUCAAUGAUAUGUAUCAAUCAAACUUGUGUUAGUACCAGUGAAGCAACCAAAGAUGGAAUGGACACUUUACAAAAUGCUCUGAUUGCUAUAGCUGUCAUUGGAUGGGUCGCUACCAUUGGUGUAGUGGUAGCAGUGAUAAUUGUGUGUUUGAGAAAGAAAGAUGCCAGGACCUCUCUAACAAGAGAUUCUGGCUUAGAUAAAAACCCAGACGGCAGUGGCCUAAAGAAAGACACAGGUCUAUCUAAAAAGUCAUCAGGAGCGAUAGACAAUAACUAUAAUUCUGUGCCGAUGCAUUUAAACCAAGCAACCCAAAACACAGCUGAAGAUACAUAUGUCAAUAACACAAUUCUACUGAACAAUCUAGCCGUCCAUACUGAUACAAGUGUUGAACCAGAUACUAACACGUAUGAAGCAAUGACUAAUGUACGGGAAACGGAUGAAAUCUAUUUGAAUAAAUAAGUAUUGUAUAAAAUAUAUAUACUUUUAAAACAUUUAUUUUAAAUUAAAAGCGUUGAUAAACUUUCGUUUAUUGUUAGGUAAAUUUACAUUUAACUUGAUUGAUUAUUCACUCAUUUUUAUAUUUCGUCUGAAAAAAAGAAUAUCUCCUUGGUAGUUUAAUGUAAUUGAUAUUGUUAGCCUAAAUACUUUGGAAAUGUUUUUUUCUCACAAUAGCAUUAGAAAAUGAUAUCAUUUCCCCUGUGUGAUGUGUCGGUGAAAGGUAUAAGCCACCUUGAUGCUCUUCAGAGGGGCUAGAGCUCCAAUCUCUACUCUAUGAGUUCUGUUUGUUGAGCACACAAACUGCAGCAAAGAAAAUUGACCCAAUGUCGAAUUUAUAAAAGAUAAACAACAGUUUUAUUUCAUUCAAUUGUCUCGGCCCCUAACAAAUACAUUGCUCAGUUCCAUUGCUCUCUGUCUCUCACGUUACCCCAGAAAAUAUAUAUACAUAUAUAUAUAUAUAUAUAUAUAUAUAUAUAUAUAUAUAUAUAUAUAUAUAUAUAUAUAUAUAUAUAUAUAUAUUUAUAUAUAUCAAUGAAACUGUAGAAAAUAAUAUGUAUGAUGCUAAAUUUACUUUUACCUAUCCUUUAGUCUGUUGGAUCGUUGGGGCACCAUGCAAGAUUCGUCAACCGUCUUUCUCCAUUACGCUCUUUCCUUUGCCUUAGUUAGAACCUCUUUCAAUAGCAGGCCCGUCCAUUCUUUUAUGUUGUCCUCCCAUAGCUUUCUCUGUCUGCCUCUUUUUCUUUUCCCUGGUACUGUUGCCUGGAGAAGGUCUUUGGGAGCUCCCAAGAUCUUGCAAUAUGGCCAUAUAUAUUUGCUUGCGUUUUUUACGAUUGUUAGCAAGUCGUCAUGGGGUCCAAUCGCUGCAAUAGCUCUGAUGUUAAAUAGCCAGUUUUAAUGUUAUUGUUUUCUAAAUACAAUUUACCGUUUCUGUAGCAAUUGUGAUUUUACAGGGUGUGGUCACUAGCCCCACGCCAAACCCUCCUCCUUUCUCACCCGGGCUUGGGACCGGCAGAUGGCGGAGUUAUGGAUCUUUAUGGAGACAGCUUGUCUCCCAAUGCGCCGAACGGCGCGGGAGGAACUAAGUCUAAAUCUAAAAAGUCUAAAUAAAAUACAUUUCAAUUAUUAAACCUAAUUUGUGCGCUAAUUUUGUACUGACUUCUUGGCUUUUACUUUGACAUAUGUAUAUGUAGUAUAUGUAUAUAUCUGUUUUAAUUGCAUUUCUAAUUAGGAUCUAUUUGAGUAACUCCUUAUUUCAAUUUAAUAACAAAAAGACUUUGUCCAUCAAAUGUUUUGUUUAGGUAGAAGAUUUGUUAAAAUUGUUUAUGACAUACAUAUUUUUCGUUUCUGCUGUUUAAUACCAGUUAUUUAUGAAAACUUUUUUUCGCUGUAUAUAAUUACUUUUUUUUUUUAUUUUUGUGCUAAGUGAAUUAAAAACUUGUAUUAUUGUGUAUGACAACUAUUAAGUAAGUAACCUAAGAAUAUCUUUUUCAUCACUCAAGUUGAAAUAACGUAGUCUUUGAUUUCACUUGACUUAAAAAGAUAGACAUUCUUUUACAUGUGAAAGUAAAAAAGUUGUCAAUUAGAAAUCAAUAUUCCAAAUUUAUCCUUAUAAAUAACUGUAAUUUGAAUGAUUUUAUACUAUCGAAGAUGAUUCUGUCGCCUCAGAAUAAACAAUUUAAUUACCUCUA